GUGGCGCCCGGUGGAGGCGCCGGCGAUGAGGGCAUGGACGGCGGCCGGGAUCGUGGCCAUGCCAUGGAGGUGCUGGACGCUGCUUCGCUUGCUUCUGGAGGGGAGGUUGGUAGGGUGAGAUUGCAAUCGAUCGUUGACUGGGCCGAAAGCUCAGUUUCUAACUGGGCCAGAAUGGCAUUGGCCCAUGUGGAGUUCCGGCCCGUAAAUUAUUCGAUCCAAAUCGCCGCUGCUAGGGGUAGGGGUCUUUCGGUAAUUUUUGCGAGUCGGGAGAGGAGGGAUUCGACCGGCGGCGAUCGGGAGAGGCGGAGGCCGGCGAGAGCGAUGGAGGAGGAGGUGACGGGAAGCGGCGGGGGGAUUGGGCGGAAGAUGGCUGCGGGGGAGGUGGAGCUGAAGGAGAAAUCGGGGACGGCGUGGAGCCACUCGUACCUCAACCAGAAGCCGUGGCACCCGCUCUCGUACCCGAACCAGCGCCGCAAGUGGAUCGCCGAGCAGGUGCACGCCAACCGCGCGCGCCGCCAGGAGGAGGUGCAGCGGGAGUUCGCACAGGAGCAGGAGUUCUUCCGGCAGACCGCGCUCUUCUCCAAGAAGGACAAGGAGAAGAUGGAGGUAAUGAAAGCUGUGAGUUUUAUGUACGUGCGCCCACCUGGCUACAAUGCAGAGAGUGCAAAAGCUGCUGAAAUUGAAGAUGAGAAGAAGAGGUCAGAUCCAAGUGACAUGGCUCAAGGUACUGCAUCUGCAACCACCUCUUCAAUACCUGACAAGGGACCUGAAAAGACUCAAUCAGGCACAGAUAAGAAAAAUAGGCCAAAAGAUGUUUUUGGUCGGCCAUUGGCAACAGAACAAGAAUUUGAGGUUCUCAAGAAUGCUCCAAGGUUAGACACCGGUGCUCCUGCAAGGAUCAAACCAUUUGGAGUUGAAGUUCGUAAUGUUAGAUGUCUAAGGUGUGGAAACUAUGGUCAUCAAAGUGGUGACCGGGAAUGUCCCUUGAAGGAUGUGAUCAUGCCUAAUGAGGAGAGUCGGUUGAAAAGAGAUGAUCCACUUACAACUAUAAUGGCGCAGACUGAUUCAAGUGAGCCUUUGAAGUGGGAACUUAAGCAAAAGCCAGGCAUGAGCCCUCCUCGUGGUGGAUUUGACCCAGAUGAUCCUAAUCAGCAGAUUGUGGCAGAAGACAUCUUUGAUGAAUAUGGAGGUUUUCUGAACUGUGACAUUCCAGCUCUCAUUUCCAGUUUUUCUGCUAGCAAAUCCAAGAAACGUUCUAAGAAGAAAAGCAAGCAUAAGCAGGCUAAGUCUGCUGUUCAUGAGGAUUCUGGUAGACAUGAAAGCAGUUACCAUCUAUCGUCAGACUCUGAAAAUGAGAAGAGAAACAAAGCAUCAAGAAGCAAGAGAAAGAAAACAAACUGUUCUGAUUCGUCAUAUUCUGAUUCUGAGAUAGAUGCUAGAAAAGGCAAGAGUAAGUCAAAGCAUAGGCAUAAAAAGAAAUACCAGUUAGAGUCUUCUUCUGAUUCAGAAUUUGAGGUCCGUGAAGAUACAAGGCGGCAUCUGAAGAGAGAACACGUGAAGGAGAAAAGAGAUGUGUCACCAUUGUCCUUCUCUAAGGAUCAAGGAGACACAGAAAGCAAGAGGCAUUCAAGGCGUUCAAGGGAGAAGCGCCGCUACAGCUAUUCAUCGAGUUCUUCUGAGAGAGGCAGGCAUUCUCUACGGCACAAGGAGAAACAAUAUUACAGUGACUCGAGUUCUGAUCUGAGCCAUCGACACUCAAGGAGAUCGAGGGAGAAGAGACAUGAUAGAGAGUCAAAUUCUCCUGAUGCCAUCAGGCGCUCAAGGAGAUCAGUGGAGAAACAGCGCCAUUCUGAUACAAGUCCACGUCAUACCAACAGGCAUUCAAAGAGAUUAAGUGGUAAGCAAGACUAUACUGAAUGCAGCCAUUACGAAACCAGUAGACAUUCAAGGAGAUCUCGGGAGAAACAGCACUACCCUGAUUCUAGUGCCUCUGAUUACUCAGACUUUGAUCGGCACAAUAAACAUCGCCAUCAUCAUAGGAGAAAAUGAACUGGCAGUGUAUAGGUAAACUGCCCUAUCAGAAGUAAUGCAGUAUAUAUCUGGGGAUCCCCCUGGAUGUGACGGCAUUAAGGGUACCUGGCCCCUUUCUGAAGAUCACCAGAAUCCACUUGGAGUCUGGUGGCUGGUGGCUUGGUCUCAGGGCUUUGUGAUGUUAUUACAGUAAUAUACACGGUGUAACUGAGUUUCUUCAUACUGGGAGAACGGUUGUUUGGGUCUUAAAACAGUUGUGUUGUUGUAGAACUUGGUAGGGCCCGGAAUGUUACGUGCUGUUUAGUUUAUUGCCUGAACUAGCCUUCUGGUCUACUGUGGACUCAUUAUAAGCUUCUUGUGAAAUGUGUAACACUUAUCUGAAAGAGUGCUUCCCAAAUGCCAGGACUUAACCAUUUUGAGAACCUGGGAUUUGUUUACCUA